AUGCCACCUCUACGAUCGAUACUUAAUGAUGAAUCUGAUAACAAACGUACGGAAACUUCAAAUACAAAUGAUGAUAAUAACAGUAGCAACCAAAUACCGACUGCAAUCGCAACAUCUUCCUCGUCCUCCUUGUCAUCCACGAUAUCAGCGCCAUUGUUAAUUCCCCCUAGUGCUACCACGACGUCAGCAUCAAGUUCUUCAGAUGCAACUUCUUCAACUACAGCUCCAUUACUAUCAGUAGCUGGAAAAAAACCAGUGGCUCGUCGAGCAUGUUUAUCUUGUCGUGAAAAAAAGGUAAAAUGUGAUGGAGAACCUAUCACUAGCAUUAUAUCUAUCGAUGGUUCUAAUAAAAUCAUCCCUCAAAUGACAAGAACUUGUUCAAAUUGUAAAUUUUUAGGUAUAAAGUGUGUAUUUGUUCAAAGUAAUAGAGGUGGAAGAAGGAAAAAAAGACUAUCAACCGAUGAAUCUGCCAAUCCAAUUGGUAUAAGUAGUGAUCAUGAAAAGAGAAUUAAAAUUGAAGAAGCAGACCAACCAUCCCAAAAUCAACUUCUCCUCCCAAAUCCUGCCCCUUCUACAUCACAACUUGUUCAACAACAUGCAAACCCUCCUAAUUUUUCUCAUACCCCCAAUCAACCAUAUUGGCAGCAAUCCUCGACACAAAAGCCCCUACAUUUACAACAACAACCAUUAACAAUACUACCUCAACCAAUUCCUUCACUGAAUUUAUCACUUCCUUCUCAUCAUGGUUUCAAUCUACAAUCUGCAUCUGGGUUAUCCCUUCCAGGACCGCCGGCACCUCCAGCCCCACCUCCACCUCCUCAGCAUCUUUAUUUUAAUAGUCAACAAACAUAUUAUCAAUGGUGGAACACCAAUACGAGUCCUCGACCAGCCCAUCAACAACAGCAUAUUAAAUCACUUUUACCAUCAAUUGCAGUUGCCAAUAUAAAAUCUUCUACAGUUAAAUCUUCAAUCCUGAGAUCGGCAAUGUCUUCUGCAAAUUCUUCUACUUCAACGAGUCUUUCGUCUCCUAAAUUCGAAAAAUUAGAUGUUCUUGAGAUUACCUCCUAUCCUUUACCAACUUCUUCAAUAAUAUUUGUACCAGAACAACCAAGAAAUUCUCCAAAUUAUUUUAAUCCCAUUUAUUUAAUAACAAAAUAUUAUCCAGAAGAUGGAGCACCUGAACCAGUAGUACCCCCAACUUAUACAGGAAGCUAUUUUAAUGAUCCUAAUGAAAAAUCAGAUGCUUGGUGGACUGCUGAGUAUCUUUCAUCGAUUAGUUUACCCCCUUGGAGAGUUUUGUAUCAUAUUAUGGUAAUUUACUUUGAUUAUUUCCAUCCUUUUCAAAAUGUUUUACCUUCUACCCCUCAAGCUUUUCUUAAUAGUAUCAAUCCACGAGCUCAAACUUCAAUUCUUUUCACAAUCAUUUUAAUUACUUUACCUAUUACAAAAUCUUUAAAUUUGGGUAUUUGCUUAGAAGAAGAAGUUUGGCUUGAAAAAAUCAGAUUACAUUGGAGAAGAAUGAAUAGUUUUACAAGUUAUGUAUGUUUGAAUUUAUUACUGCAUGUUCCAACAUUAAGAUAUCAUUGGUUUAAGUUUAAUUAUUUAAAAGAAGAUUUGCAAUCUAUGUUUGAAGCUGCUGCUGCAGCCACUCAUUAUAAUGAUAUCGAUGUUCAGGAAUUAGUUAAUCAAAACAGAUGGAUUGGACUUGUUAACAAUCAUCUUGGGGAUAUAUUUCUUCACAAACUUUCAUAUGCUGAUCCAGAGAAGUUAAUUUCAAAAGAACCUAAGACUUUGGAUUAUACUGGCUUAGAAGUUUAUUACGAUUUUGCUCAUACAGACAGAUUAAAAUUUAAACCUAUGUAUAAAUCAAUCAAUUUUUUGAAAAAGACGAUUAAUUUAAACUACCAUUUAUUAUUGGUUAAUAUUACUUAUGAAUCAAGCAAAAUUCUAGAUUCAUAUAAUAAAUUGAAUGCAUUACAGAUUUUCAAAUAUCAAUUAUUAGAAUUUAAUCAAUUAACUUCAAGUUCAGAGUACAUUCCAUUAAUAAAAUACAUUCAAUCAGAUAAAUCCACUCUUUCAGAAUUACAAACUGUAUUAACUCAAUUAAGUGAAGAGAGUUGGAAAUCAUUAAUAAUUCUAAUUCAUGAUUUGAUUAAUUUUGCUAAAUUAAUUCAAAUUCAAGAAAAGGAUAAUUUUGAAAUCUUUUUAAAUAACGAUAAAACAAGUCAUAAGAUUCAAGAUGUUUGGAUUAAAUUCCCCACUCUUGCAUUAAUUACAAGUUUUACCUUCAUGCCAUUAAUGUUUGAUAUUUUAAUUAUACUUAAAUUAACUAACCUUGAAAGGCUUUCCACAGAUCCUUCAAUUCUUCGAAUUAAUAUUGACGAUGUAAACAUAGACAUCGAAUUAGAUUCAGAUGUGAUUCAUGAUGUUUGUGGCUAUGAUUUUGAUCAAUUUAAAUAUCAUUUACUCAGUCAAUCAUUAUUAAAAUUCAUUCAAAUUAAAUCAAGUUAUACAUUAUCAGAACCAAUUCAAAAAUUGAAUUUGAAUAUAUUAAAUCAAUUAAUUCUUAAUUUUAACGACUUUAUUUCAUGA